AUAUUUGGUUUUGUUUCAUUUUAAUUAACUAUGAAUAGCCACGUGUGGUUCCUGGUCGCCGAUCUGGACAGUGCAGUCUUAGAACUUAGAAAGCCUGUCCUCUGCUUGCUGACUCCGUGGCCCUCCACCAAUGGCAUCAUUACAAAAAUAAUCUUCCCUUGAACAUACCUGGUUAUUUUUAUACUCAUCCCAGCCUCUGAUUGUUUUCUGCAAAAGCCUCUGGCUUUUAUUUUGUUUUGUUUUGUUCUCACUCACUGUCUAUCUGCAGACCACUGUGCUUUAGGGCAGGUUGGAGAUGAGAAAAGCAGAGUGGCAGGACGGAAGAGACCAAGAGCAGGGUGAAACCUUUCCCUGGGCUGUGUGACCUUAGGCAAGGCCCUUAACCUCUCUGAGCCUCUGCUUCCCCAUCUGUGGAAAAGGAGGGUGAUUUCCAGGGUUGAGCUCCCCAGUGUAGAAAUUCAAUACAUAUAGUGAUGAUUGCUCUAUGUGAAUGUCCUUUGUAAACUAUAAAGCCUUGUGAAAAUAUGAGGCAAAACAUUGCUGUCAAAAUUCUUUUUUUUUUUUUAAACAAAAUGCUCUGAAACCUGAAGGAAGCUGCGUCAACCAGGCCCAGGAGACAAACCAAACUCUCAAAGCAAUAAAUCUGAACAUUUUAUGCCUUUUGCAUUGUGCAAGCAUCUUGUUGUUGGCCCUGAAUCUAUGAAAUUGGGAGGAAGAUUUGUUGACUGUCCCAGGGCUUCCGGGGGCUGGCCUGGCCUUGGGGGGUGCUCAGAUCGGGGUGGAGGGUUGAAGGAGGAUGCUGAGAGCGUGCCCAGGGAUCUGGCCGAGAGGCUGACAGGGUCAACUCCUACAACCAGCUACGAGGAGGAGGAGCUGCCCCCUGACCCCAGCGAGGAGACACUCACCAUAGAAGCCCGAUUCCAGCCUCUGCUCCCGGAGUCCAUGACCAAGAGCAAAGAUGGGUUCCUAGGGGUCUCCCGUCUGGCCCUGUCUGGCCUCCGCAACUGGACAACCGCAGCCUUGCCGCGUGCACAGUUUGCCGCCCGCCACUUCCGGCCCUUCCUCCCCCCGCGGGGCCAGGCAGAGCUGGGCGAGCCCUGGUGGAUCAUCCCCAGUGAGCUGAGCGUCUUCACUGGCUAUUUGUCCAACAACCGCUUCUACCCGCCACCACCCAAGGGAAAGGAGGUCAUCAUCCACCGGCUCCUGAGCAUGUUCCACCCGCGGCCCUUCGUGAAGACCCGCUUUGCCCCGCAGGGGGCAGUCGCCUGUGUGACAGCGGUCAGCGACUUCUACUACACCGUGAUGUUCCGGAUCCACGCCGAGUUCCAGCUCAGUGAGCCGCCCGACUUCCCCUUCUGGUUCUCGCCCGGCCAGUUCACCGGCCACAUCGUCCUCUCCAAAGAUGCCACCCACGUGCGUGACUUCCGGCUCUUCGUGCCCAACCACAGGUCUCUGAAUGUGGACAUGGAGUGGCUGUAUGGGGCCAGUGAGAACAGCAAUAUGGAGGUGGACAUCGGCUACAUACCCCAGAUGGAGCUGGAGGCCACAGGCCCCUCAAUACCCUCCGUGAUCCUGGAUGAGGAUGGCAACAUGAUUGACAGCCGCCUGCCCUCGGGGGAGCCCCUCCAGUUUGUGUUUGAGGAGAUCAGGUGGCAGCAGGAGCUGAGCUGGGAGGAGGCUGCCCGGCGCCUGGAGGUGGCCAUGUACCCCUUCAAGAAGGUCACCUACCUGCCAUUCACCGAGGCCUUCGACCAAGCGAAGGCCAAGAACAAGCUGGUGCACUCGAUCCUGCUGUGGGGGGCCCUGGACGACCAGUCCUGCUGAGGUUCCGGGCGGACUCUCCGGGAGACGGUCCUGGAAAGUUCGCCCAUCCUUGCGCUCCUCAACGAGAGCUUCAUUAGCACCUGGUCCCUGGUGAAGGAGCUGGAGGACCUGCGAAACAACCGGGAGAACCCCUCCCACAAGAAGCUGGCAGACCUGCACCUGGAGAAGUACAGCUUCCCCGUGGAGAUGAUGAUCUGCCUGCCCAAUGGCACCGUGGUCCACCACAUCAACGCCAACUACUUCUUGGACAUCACCUCCAUGAAGCCUGAGGACGUGGAGAACCACGCCUUCAGCUUCGCGUCCACCUUUGAAGACCCGUCCACGGCCACCUACCUGCAGUUCCUGAAGGAGGGCCUCCGGCGCGGCCUGCCCCUCCUCCAGCCCUAGUGCGCCGCCCCCUGGGCCCUGAGAAGGGGCUGGGCAGGAGCUGGGAAGAAAGGCCUCCAGCAAGGAGCCCUGGCGUGGGGUGGGGUGCCAGAGAAGUGCUCCUGUUUUUGUCCGGAGCCUUCUUCCUGGCCACAGCCCUGGCUGCCCUCCUGUGCCCGCUCCCCAGGGGGUCAGGCUCGCGAGAGACAGCCAUCUGGAGGCUCUGGGCAGAACCCUCCUUCAGAAGCAGAAACCAUACAGCACCCCAGGCCUUGGCUCCCCAGACCAGUGUAGUCUAUUCGACUUGAUGAGAGGCCCCCAAACCUGUUUGGGGACUUGCUGGAGGCCAGCUGCCUGGGAAGAUCUCCUGCCCUUAGGAAGGGGGUCCCUGAGGCCCAGACCCAAGGCACCACCCCACCCACCUCGGCACAGGGUGGCAGGAGCACUGCUGGAACCAGAGCCCUGGUGGUGCUUCCUGCCCCCGAGACCUCAGUUCCACGGAGUGUAGCCCAGCCAAGGAGCAGCCGGCUGUCCGGCUGUCAGGGCAGCCCAGACCAGCUUGUCCACCCCUGGACGGGUGUUGACACUCCUUGGCCAAGCUUGGGGCCUCAGUUCGCAUCCCAAGCCACUGACCACGGCCAGUCUCUUUUUUAUACAUGCAGGAAAGUGUUUUUACGUGAACUUUCUCACCAUUUGUAGGUAUUUUUUAUAGCCCCGUGCUAAGGAGAAGGAAGGGGCAAAGGCUUCCUCCAGCAGCUGUGCAUGAUGGCUGGGUCUGAAAUCCUAGAUGGGCCCAGCUUGAUGUCCCUGCAGUUGCCCCCAUGGGAAGAAACAGUCCUCUCUCCCUUCUCUUCUAGUUUUUUAAAAACAGUCAGAGGGUCUGACUGCCCCUGGUGGGGCACCAAGACAGCAUCUACCACAUCCAGGAAAGACAGCUAGAGUGGAUUUGCACCCUUGCUCUCCACUCAGCCCAUGAGGGCCCCGGCCUUUCACUAAGGCCUUGCAGCCAAGCCUGCUCCCCACCCUUAAACCUGGAAGAGGAAGGCAGGCAGGCGCUUCCUCAGACACAGUCCCAGGCCUUCUCUAGCUGAGGCACUUUGUUAAGAUUACAUGUCUUUUCUCAUUUAAUCCUCACAACAAGCCUGUGAGGUGGAUAUUAAUUGUUCCCGUUUU